AGCAUGUCUAAAGGCUGCAAGUACAGUGGAUGUCGCAAACUGGAGAAGUACUGUUUGUAUGAGCGGCUCAAGAAGGUGAUCUCAGAUAUCUACAAGAUAACACAAUUGGCGUACGUGUACACCUGUAUGCAUGGCCCCUACGUGCAAGUGAAACAUAAUAUCGAUGUCCCGGAAGGUUUUACUUGUAUAGAAACGACUCCAAGCGGAUUUCCGGCCGAUUUUAAUUAUGGAUCUAUCCGGACGCCGUCUUGCUUCCUCUGCUUCCGUCGUGGCUUUCACAAGCCGCCGAUCGUCGACAUCGGCAUCCUUUACGAGUUCAAAGGCGAGAACCCGAUGCCAGACAUCGAAGUAAUUCGCAAGACACCGUAUGGUAGGAUCGCUAACCUGAACAAUGCCAAGGAGAACAUCUUCUUGACCUACCGACGUGCCAGGGAGAACGCCGCUAGCAAUCUGUUCUCGGUGAUUGACAUGUGCGUCAUUCUGCCAAGCAAGGGUGAGACUCCGCCCCAUACUUACUAUAAGCUAAACAAGAACCUGAAUAAGGGCCUGGUGGGCAACGACGUUUUUCUGUGCUACAAGAAGUCUUUGUCUAGCGUCAAUCAGAUAGCCUACCGGCCGGCAAUCCUCGACCGUUUCCCAGAUGACUUCGCCGGCUACCCGCUUCCACCAAGCACGCCGCUAUUCUGUCUGCCGAUGGGCGCCGUUAUCGAAUGCUGGCCAGCUAAAUGCCAGACUCCUGACAAACAGUUUACGACGUUUGUGCUCACUGACCAAAAUGGCCACAAGUUGUAUGGUGCCUCAGUGUCAUUCUACGAAGAUUAUAUGCACCCGUUGACCAAGCAGCAGAUGGAAAAACUAGGAUUGAAUCCGGAUGCCCACUAUCGUCCAGGAAGCUGUUCAGAUACUAGUUCGACGAAUGACCCCGCGGAUGAGAUGACAUUCCACACGAACAAGUCGAUUUGUGUCGUUAGCCGGUACCCGUUCUUUUCGGCGUUCCGUCGCUACUUGUUCUACCUGCAUCGGAUGUGUGCCUGUGGUAUCAGUAGUUUGCCGGUCGAAGCGUACAUCACGUACUUGAUGCUCGAGGUGCCGUUCCCGACGUCCAAGCGGCCUCGGGUACUGGUCCAGCUGGGUAACGAACGCAUCUGUUUCGACAAUCCUGAGGACUCUCCGCUACCACUGACCGGUGCCAGCUACGUCGAUUUCUUGACUUUGCUUGGCACCGACAACUGCAUCUACAUGAUACUGUUAGCUUUGACCGAGCAGAAGAUACUCAUCCAUUCGCUAAGGCCGUGGCAUCUGACCAGCGUCGCCGAGGCCAUCUGUAAUCUGAUAUUUCCGUUCCGUUGGCAGUGCCCGUACAUCCCUCAGUGCCCUCUGGACGUCGCCGGGGUACUGCACGCACCGAUGCCGUUCAUCGCUGGCGUCGACAGUCGCUACUUCGAUCUCUAUGAGGACCCCCCGCGCGACGUCACUUGCGUCGACCUGGACACGAACACCGUAUCGAUGUCUGAUGUGCGCCAACGUUUCAAGAUGAACCUCCUGCCACGCAAAGCCACAAAAUUCUUGCGCCAGCAGCUCGACCAACUGGCUGCCGAAACUGCCAAGGAGCUGUUCAGCGUCACGAAGAUGCGCUCGAAUCAAGAUUUCUUGCCAGUCGAAGUCGAUCUCAAAUUUCAGCAGCGUCGUAAGAACUUGGACCUAGCGAUCCAAGAGGCAUUCCUCCGGUUCAUGGCAUUGCUGCUCAAGGGCUACCAGAUGUACUUGCGCCCGAUCAAAUCUGCGCCGUCGGUCGGUUCCACUGAUCUGGAGUCUCUGUUCGACGUCAACGGAUUUCUGCGCAGUCGAGACAAGUCCAGUCAGGAGUUCUAUCGUAUUUUGGUGGGCACACAGUUGUUCAUCCGCUUCAUCGAGGAGCGUUCGUUCCUUACCGACAAGGACACCAACACGUACCUGGCAUUCUUCGAUGACUGUAUGGAAAAGAUCGACCAGUUCGGUGAGGUAACCGACCAUCAGAAGCUGCUUGAGAUGGAGACAUCGGUCGACUACGACCAUGCGGUGUUGUUCGCGCCGUCUGAGUCGCCGAAAGCUGCCGCCCCGUACACCUACCACGGCAUUUUCCCGAAGCUCGAUUUCAGCUUCGUCGGAUCCGGCAAGAGGGUCAACACGUUUCGAGCGCAGCGCACACCGGAUUCCGGCGGAUCACUCAUUGAAUCCACCCCUGCCGCAAGGCGCACAAAACAGGAAGCGAAGCUGGCCAUUAAAACGGCUCGUGAGCUGGCGCUUUCUCCGUUGCAGUGGGCGAAGUGUCUGCUGCUUUACACCUACAAAUUUAGAGUCGCUUCGAACGUGCUGAACCGUAUGGAGAACGCCAAACUGCCUAUGGUCGACGAGAUCUGCUAUCGUAUCAUGAUCCAGAUGUGCAGUCUCUACGAGGACCCGGUUCUGGCUGUCAAGAUUUUCGUGAACAUGCGGCGCAACGGCAUUAAACCAAACGCCGUCACCUAUGCUUUUUAUAAUCGGGCCGUGUUCGAGGCCCACUGGCCAAGUGUCAAGGUGCUGACCGCACAGAAACAUUGGACCAAGGUGCGUCAUGUGGUGAGAGCGAUCGCUCUUCUGCGCGUUGCCGUGAAGGCCAGGUAUCGCAAGCGCCGCACAGCCAGUCAGUACAGCAGCGAAAGUGGCGAUUUCAUCAGCCAGGGCAGUUCUUGUAGUCAGCAGGUCAGGCAGGGAGACACGAUUUCUGUAAGAGUUGUGCUUAUUUUCUCCAAUACUUAUUGUUUGUGA